CACGGCCCCGUGUCCUCGGUCGAGUCAGAGACAAAGAAGAAAAACCCUCGUGGGCUGCGAUUCGCCCCGUGCCGCGAACCCCGACGUCACGGACGCGCGGCUAUAGAUGGAGCUCGGGAGCCCGGCGCAGCCCAGCGCAGCCCCCCGAGCUGCGGGAUGGUGGCGGCGGGGGGGGACGCGGCGGCGGCGGCGGCGCUGGCGAUGGCUCAGAGCGCCGGACCGGGCACCGUGUAACGGGAGAGGGCCCUGAGCCACGCGGGGUGAAGGCAGCGCGGAUCGCGGGCGCGGUCCCGGGUGUUCCCCCGCUCCAGGAGGCCGCGGGAGCCCCUCUGCGACCCCCGGCCCAAAUCGCCUCGGAGCGCAGCAAGGAACGAUGAAAAAAAAUAAUUCUGCGAAAAGGGAUGGAAACCAGCAACCUGUGCAGCCGGAGAAGGUCGGCUGGGUGCGGAAAUUUUGCGGGAAAGGCAUUUUUAGGGAAAUCUGGAAAAACCGUUAUGUGGUUCUGAAGGGAGAUCAGCUUUACAUCUCGGAGAAGGAGGUAAAAGAUGAAAAAAACAUACAGGAAAUGUUUGAUCUGACUGACUAUGAGAAAUGUGAAGAGCUCAGGAAGUCCAAAAGUAGAAGCAAAAAGAACCACAGCAAAUUUACCCUUGCCCACUCCAGGCAGCCUGGAAACACGGCACCAAAUCUGAUCUUCCUGGCUGUGAGUCCAGAAGAGAAAGAGUCCUGGAUUAACGCCCUCAACUCUGCAAUCACACGUGCUAAAAACCGGAUCUUGGACGAGGUCACUGUGGAAGAGGACAGUUUCCUUGCCCACCCGACGCGUGACAGAGCCAAGAUCCAGCAUUCCCGGCGCCCUCCCACGCGGGGUCACCUCAUGGCUGUGGCAUCUACCUCAACCUCUGACGGAAUGCUGACCCUCGACCUGAUCCAGGAGGAAGACGCCUCUCCGGAGGAUCACGGCACCUGCGAGGAGAGUUUCCGGGUGGAUCUGGACAAGUCCGUGGCUCACCUCACCGCGGGGCGGCGCCGCUCGGACUCGGAGAACGCCAAGACAUCGGAGAAAGCGCGGACAGGGAGCCUCCCCCGCCAGGAGGUGACCCCGUGGGACAGAGCCGGGCAGCGCAAUGACUCCUUUGACAAAGGGACCAUGUACACGCCGCAGGUCCCCAAAAAGCUCUCACACUCAGAAAAGAAUAAAUGUGCCUCCAUGGAAGAAAUCCUGUCCCGACGGGACUCUUCCACGCAUCGGGCGGUGCUGAGGAAGGGGCUGGAGGCUCAGUUUGCCUCGGCGGAGCCGGAGCAGCUGUCCCGGAUACAGGAACUGGUUGCACUGAAACUGGAAAAAACUCAGGAACUGCUGACGGAGGUGAAGGGCUACGGGGAAGGCAAGAGAAAGACCAAGGACUCCAACACCAGCACCACCAUCACCACCACCUCUUCUUCUUCCUCAUCAUCUUCCAAGUCGGACUCUGAAAGGAUCCUGCAGGAAUCUGAGAGGCUGCUGGGGGAGGCUUCCUCCACCUGGAGCCAAGCCAAGAGGGUGCUGCAGGAGAUCAAAGAGCUGAGGGACCUGUACAAACAGUUUGAGCUGCAGCAGUCAGACUCGAAGCCCAAACAGAGCUCACAGUCUCAGUUUAGGAAGAGCAUGAUGUGAAGGCAAGCCUUGGGAUGGGAGGGAGGGACUGGGAAGGGCGGCCAUCUGGUCUUUUUUUUUAAUUAUUAUUAUUAUUUACAGUGUUCAAAAGAGUGAAAAGGUGCCUGUUCUCGCCCAAAUUUGCUUCUCAAAGCUUGGACCCUUCCUUUCCUCCAUCGCAUCCCCUGAUGAAUCAACCCAGUGUUCCAAUAAAUCAGUUGCAGUUUAUA